AUGGUCUACGCCGGCAACCUACGCCGGUUUCCAAUCGUCAAGCUCUCCGAUCCGAUCUUCCUGUCGUCAUGCGUCCUCGUCGGCCUAAACCACUGGAUGUGGUUCAGAUACUUUUCGAGUCCAGAUUAUAACUCUGGCAGUGGAGCGCCUACGUCGUGGAACCGCGGUGGGUGGAAGUCACCCGGCGGAUCGAGCUAUAACUACUACGGUGCAGCCGUAGACACGCCCUCGUUUGGCGAGAUAGCGUCAUAUUUCGGGUUGUGCGUGUGGAUGAUUCCGUUCGCGCUUUUUGUCAGUUUGAGUGCAGGAGAGAAUGUGCUGCCUACCAUGGGCUCGGAGUAUGCGACUGGGUCGAUGGGCUCGUCGAGUAGUGGUGGUGGUGCGUCGGUUGAUACGACGCCAUAUGGAGAGCACAGCGCCAGCUCCGCGAAGACGAAGAGCAAAGGGAUGGCAAAGGCGUUGGUUGAUGGUGCUAGAGAGUGGGUGAGUGAGAGCGGAGAGGUAAUGGGUUUCUGGGGCGGACAAAACACGAGGAGGUUUUGA